AGGAAGUGACCAGGUUGGUGAUUUAAAGUGACAGCCUUUUGUUUCUAUUUAUUAAAAACAAAGCAUUUGUCAUUUAGGUUCUCUUUGUUUUCUACUUGCCCCUCGUGAUGGGAAACUUGAGUCCAUCACAAAGACCGUGUGCUUCAGGGAUUGACAAGAGAGGAUGCUGCUCUCUGCCAGGACAAGAAAUCGUGGGACACAGAACGCAUCAGUAGCUCAAGACUGGGCCUGUUCCUGGAUACUCAGAGGACGAGAAAAAAUAUGUGCAUCACCUCUACCCGUGACUUUGGGAGAUAGCAGAGCAAAACACUAACACAUUGACGUUUGAAAUUUCUGGAGUCCAGCAGCCAAAAUACUAGAACUAAACUAGCUCUGAAAAAAUGAACUUCCUGUCAACCUUUGUGACCUUUAAGAACCUCCAUGAGGUUCGGAGAUUGUGCCACUGGGGUCCAAUCAUAGCCUUGUCUGUCAUUGCUAUAUGCUCCACAAUGGCAAUUCUAGACUCCAUUAUCUGGUACUGGCCUCUAGACACUACAGGGGGGAGCAUUAACUUCAUCAUGCUCAUCAACUGGACUGUCCUCAUACUUUACAACUACUUCAAUGCUAUGUUUGUUGGACCUGGAUACAUUCCUCUUGGCUGGAAACCAGAAAAUCAGCAGGAUACCCAGUACCUACAGUACUGCAGAGGGUGUCAAGGCUACAAGGCUCCCAGGUCCCACCACUGUCGAAAGUGUAACAGGUGCGUGAUGAAAAUGGACCACCACUGCCCCUGGAUCAACAACUGCUGUGGCCACUUGAAUCACGCCUACUUCACCAGCUUCCUGCUCCUGGCUCCACUGGGUUGCUCACAUGCUGCCGUUAUCUUCAUUAUGACUAUGUACACACAGCUGUAUGAGAGGAUAUCAUUCGGCUGGAGUACUGUAAGGAUUGACAUGAGUGCUGUGCGUCAAUUUCAGCCCCUCAUGCCCUUCAGUGUGCCUGCCUUCGCUGCUACACUCUUUGCCUUAGGUUUGGCACUUGGCACCACUAUUGCCGUUGGUAUGCUUUUCGUUAUACAGAUGAAAGUCAUCCUUCGAAAUAAGACUUCAAUCGAGUCGUGGAUAGAGGAAAAGGCCAAAGACAGAAUACAGCACUACCAAACAGGGGAGGAGUUUAUCUUCCCGUACGACCUCGGCAGCCGCUGGCUGAAUUUUAAACAAGUCUUCACGUGGUCAGGGACACCCAGAGGCGAUGGCAUUGUAUGGCCAGUCCAUCCCAAGUGUCACCAGCACACCUUAACUAUUGAGCAACUGAAACAGAAAGCUGAUAAACGAGUGAGAAGUCAGGUCCAGUACCAGGCAGUAGAGGAUUAUAAUGGAGCUUGCUGCCCUCUCAGCAAGGGUUUACAAACUUUUUUUAGAACCCCCUGCACCGAGGAACCCAGGAUCCCUCUCUGCAAGGGGGAUACCAUUCUGGCUACUCGUGGUACCAAAUGGUGGAUGUAUGGAGAUAAAGUUUUGAGUGAGGAGCAACUGAGAGCUGGAGAGCGUGUAAGAGGAUGGUUUCCAAGACGAUGUGUGGAGAAGUGCCAUUAUGACACAGCAGCAAGUGAUACCACCAGUGAUAAAAAAGUCAAUUAAUACAUGUCAACGGGCUUGAUGUGUUAAACUGAGCAGAACACGUCUCUCAAUGUUUAUAAGCAUCCACUGAAGAUGUCAUGCCCGAUCCUGCAGGUUUACCAUCAAGAAUUUCAAAUUUUCGAUUUCUUGCACAUUUCAGUGCCAACUUAUAUUUCUAAGUAGUUUUUUGAGUCUUACUGAGCACUUUUUAUUUGUGGAGAAGUCAUUAGAGGAACUGGUCCCAUAGGCUCAGUUUGAUUCCUCUGACCAAAAAUUAAACUCAACAACCGUCUUAAUGUCCAAGAGUUGCCACCAGACUAUGGUGUAACUUUGUUAUGACUAAACUUUUUACUUGAACCUGUUAUUUUUCAUUUGUGUUGAUAUUUCUUUUUUGCUACUUAUGCAAAGCCUCUGCCCACCAAACUUGAGGGCAUGGAACUCUUUCUACCUUAUAGAGACAUUUCAUUUUCUUUUUUUCUUUUUAUUAAUUAUUUUUGUGAAAGGAAAUUGUUGGCCUCAAAAUAUAAUUUGAAAAAUAAAGAAAGAUCUCCCCCAAGAGUGUUUGUCUCAUUCU